GCAAGGCUCCCGGCGCGCCCCUCCCGUCUCCCCCCCAAAAAGUUUGAGUCGCAGCUGCCGGGUUGCUAGCGGAGUCGCGCGCCGGGAGCUACGCAGGGCAGAGAAGUCAUGGCUUCUCCGUCCAAAGGCAGUGACCUGUUUUCGUCUGAUGAGGAGGGCCCGGCGAUGGUGGCCGGGCCGGGCCCAGGGCCUGGGGGCGCCGAGGGGGCCGCGGAGGAGCGCCGUGUCAAGGUCUCCAGCCUGCCCUUCAGCGUGGAGGCGCUCAUGUCGGACAAGAAGCCGCCCAAGGAGACGUCCCCACUGCCAGCCGAAAGUGCCUCCGCCGGGGCCACCCUGCGGCCACUUCUGCUGCCCGGACACGGCGUCCGCGAGGCGCACAGCCCUGGGCCGCUGGUCAAGCCCUUCGAGACGGCCUCGGUCAAGUCGGAAAAUUCAGAAGACGGAGCAGCUUGGAUGCAGGAACAGGGCAGAUAUUCGCCGCCGCCAAGACACAUGAGCCCCACCACCUGCACCCUGCGGAAACACAAGACCAAUCGAAAGCCGCGCACACCCUUCACCACGUCCCAGCUCCUCGCUCUGGAGCGCAAGUUCCGCCAGAAACAGUACCUCUCUAUUGCAGAGCGGGCAGAGUUCUCCAGCUCUCUGAACCUCACAGAGACCCAAGUCAAAAUCUGGUUCCAGAACCGAAGAGCCAAGGCGAAAAGACUGCAGGAGGCAGAACUGGAAAAGCUGAAAAUGGCUGCAAAACCUAUGCUGCCCUCUGGCUUCAGCCUCCCUUUCCCCAUCAACUCACCCCUGCAAGCAGCGUCCCUAUACGGUGCAUCCUACCCUUUCCAUAGACCUGUGCUUCCCAUCCCGCCUGUCGGACUCUAUGCGACUCCAGUGGGAUAUGGCAUGUACCACCUAUCCUAAGGAAGACCAGCUUGAUAGACUCCAGGAUGGAUGUUUGUUUAAAAGCCUUCCCCCUCCCUCUGCAAGAAGACAGUCCCGCUCUGCAAACCUUGCAUGCACCACCCUCAGCGGCUAGGUCGACAGGGCCACAGACAUAGCUCGAAUUGGUUCUUUUGACUGGAGACAUCCAAGCCCCGUUUUCUUGGUGUAAUCUUCCAGAUGCCCCCUCCCUUCUCCUUUCACAAAGAUUGGCUCUGAUGGUUUUUAUAUAUAAAUAUAUAUAUAUAUAAUAAAAUAUAAUACAUUUUUAUACAGCA